GUUCCGUCGACGCUUGAUGACGAUGUUUUGGGCGCUUUCAACAACAACAAAAAUACUGGUAGCUGCCGCUAGCUAGCUAACCAACUUCGUUGGAAAUGGCAGCACAUCUCAAAAAGCGAGUUUACGAGGAAUUCUCCAAAGUUGUCCAGGUUGGUAGACGCAUGAUUACGGAAAAAACAUUCACUUUGUAACCAUCGUUGUUCUUUCAAUAAUAGCUAGCUAACGUUAUACUGCGUCUGAGUGUUUCGUAGCUAGCUAACGUAUUGCAUUCUGCAAUAACAUCACAUCGUUUUUGAUAACAUCAUGCAUCCUCUUUCAUUAACUUUAGUUAGAUAGAGAUAUUAUAUAGGCCUCAUAGAAAAGUUGCUAACUAACUACCUUGGGUCACAGGGAUCUGAACAAAUAGCCAUUGGUAGCUAGUUAUGCUGGUUGGUGUACAAUUGCAAUCUUGUUCUAGCCUGAGUGCCAGUCUGUUUCUGUUAUGAUCAUGCAAAUUAUGACAAGGACAGCAAUAGAGUGGGAAAGAGCACAAACAGAUCUGGGACCUGGCUAGCUUUGUCUAGAUCCUAGCUAUAGUUCGAUCCCUACAGCUUUAGAUAUGCCGUUUAGUUAUCCAGAUCCGUAUGAUCUCAUAUAACAAAAUGAAAAAGAAAAGGUAAUCCAUUGUCUCUGUUGAUCAACAGCUUCCCCAAGAGGAGGCUCCAGCCAAGAAGCUCCGUCUGACCAAGCCAAGUAAGUCUGCAGCGCUGCACAUUGACCUGUGUAAGGCCUCCAACCCCACUGAUGCCCUGCAGUACCUGCUGCACUUCGCCCGCAGCUCCGUGGAGGCAGAGGGGGUGGUGCGCAUACUGCUGGAACACUACUACAAAGUAUGGUGGCCCUGGCUUUGAUCCUCCCAUCUCUCCUUACAUCCCUCUAUCUUCUCCUUCUGUCCUUUCUCUUCUCUUUCUAUCCUUCAUCUCUCUCCCUUCUCUCCUCCUGGAACACUAUUACAAGGUAAAGCAGCCCUCCUCUUCCUAGCUGCUCUUAGCAAUGUGGGUGUAUUUACAUACACUAGCAUUGCUUUCAAUUGUAUUGGGUUGCACAAAAAUUGUCAGCGGAAACCCAGAAGUUCAAUCAAAUUAAAUUUUAACGUAUUGUGCCAACGUACUCUCUGCUUACCUCAUGUUCAAAUAAAAGUCCUGCACAUGUGCCAUAUGUGGACAAAAAACGAAUAACUUGUGGGGGACUUUUAUUUUGGCAUGAGGUAAGCAGAGAAGAACUGGGUCUACAACAGACCCACGUUUGGAAAGUCUGUUUAAUAAUACAAACUUUUAGAUAUUGUCUCAAAUUCCCCCCGUCAUAAUGACCAAACUUCCUGCCCACCGGCACAGUGACUUAAAAUGUAAUUGUAUUUAACUUCUGGCUUCCCGCGGACUGUUUUUGUGCAACCCAAUACAAUUGAAAGCAAUGCUAGUUAUAUAAAUAGACCCGCGUUGCUAAGAGCAGCUAUCCUCUUCCCUCCUUCCAUGGUCCCUCCUUUCUUCCCUCCUACUUCUAUCCUUUCUGUCUCUCCUUCUUCCAUCCCUUCUUUCCCUCACCUUGCUCCUGUGUCUUCCUGUAGGAGAGUGAUAACUUGUAACUGUGUGGGUGUGUAUGUCUCUGUAGGAGCAGGAUAACUCGGUGCGGCUGAAGAUUGCCUCUCUGGUCGGCCUGCUUAGUAAGACACAGAACUUCAACCCUGAGAGUAUCCUAGAUGACACCCUCAACACAGAGAGUAAGUUACACUCUGAUACACACACUUAGUACAUCGUACACACUCCCUUAUCUUCUCUGACCUAGUCCAUGUCUCUCUCUGAGUUUUCUUCUCCGUGUGUGUAAAUGUUUGUGUGUGUCCAGAGUCCCACCAGGUCCUGGCUCAGCUGCUGGUCAUCGGCACCCAGCUCCCAGAAAGCCCUACUGUUAGACACAUACUCUAAAUUCAAUUUAAAUUAAUACUCAUAGAGGUGGCCUGCAAGGUAACACACACACACAGAUGUGGUCUGCAAGUUGAAUCUCUCUCAUACCUCUUUUUCAUCAAUCUCUCUCAUCCUCCUGGCUCAUCAAUCUCUCUCAUCUCUCUCUCGCUCAUCCCCCCCUCAUCGAUGUCUCUCAUCUUAUCUCUCUCUCUCUCUCAUCCCUCUCUCUCAGCACCUGUCAGACACAUAUUUCGGCGUGAGGAAUAAAUGCUUGCAACACCUGGGUUGCCUGGGCAAUGUGGACAUGCCCCUAAGUAAAGACAGACAGGGAUUGGUUCCAGCUGUGAUUGGGGGCGGUGCUCCGGGUGUGUAUAUUUAUUUGCGUUAACCAGGGUAGUUGAGUCAACAACGAUAAAAACAUUUACUACAUGACAUGUUUAUUUAGUUUAACCAGACUAUUCCACUCAUCACAUCACCAUGUCUGUUAGAGAUGUGUAUGUGUGUGGGAUGUGCAGCAGAAGUGUGUUAUCAGUGACUACUUUCCACUCUCCCUUCCUCCUCCUUCCAGGGUGUCUGGCGGAGUGUGUGUGAGAGACGUGCAAAGCGUCAUCAGUGACUACUUUGCCGACCAGGACCCCAGGGUGCACACGGCGGCCAUCAAAGCCAUGGUAUGACCUCACUUCCUCCUGUUAUGUCCCAAUAUACAUACUAGCAUGCUCACUUAGAAUGCAUGCCCAAAACAAUGCUUCAGUCUAUUGAGUGGAUAUUGAGAGCCCUCUCAAUAGUCUGCACUGCACUGAAAACACAGGACAGGUGAAAGUUAGGUGGAUGAUGCCUACACCAAACAUGUAGGAAGCCUCUCAAUACUGUUGGCAUGUGUUCAGCGGCUGGAUAGAUUUAUAGAUUGACUGAUUGAUUAUUCAAUGUUCUGCUCUUCCUUUCAGCUGCAACUGCAUGAAAGGGGAAUGAAGAUUCAACAUACCAUAUAUAACCAGGUAGAGUGUGUGCGGGCGCACACGUGCAUGCAUGUGUUUCUUUCCAAGCCUCUAGGUUGCUGUGUGUGUGCGUUUCUCUCUAAUUGUGUGUGUCUAGGCCUGUCGGCUGCUGUGUGAUGACUAUGAGCAGGUGCGUUCGGCUGCCGUUCAGAUGGUGUGGGUCCUGAGUCAGCUCUAUCCAGAGAGGUAAGACACACACACAUACACUGACUAUGUUCAAGAGCACCAAAUCCAUGAUGCAUUGUGUGUAAAUUGUGACUGACAGACUGAUCUACAAAUAAUAAUGAAUGGUUAUUUAUGACGCAAGUCAAUUUGUUGAUCAGUCAGUCAGCAGUCGCCUGCAAUGUCGGCUGCAAUGUCAAACAAGACCAACACUACACACUGAACACACAAACUCACUGACUGGGGGGAUGAAAACUACUGUGUGAUUGGUGACUAAAGGUGUCAUCUGUCCAAUCAGCAUCGUGCCUAUCCCGUCGUCCAAUGAGCAAGUCCGUCUGGUCGACAACUCAUUUGGGAAGAUCAGUCACAUGAUCUCUGAUGGAUCCUGGGUAGUCAGGGUGCAGGCCACCAAAACACUGGUGAGUACACACACACACAAACCACUCGUUCACGUCUUACUUUUCAGAUAGUCAUGGCUCUCCUUUCCUCCCCCGCCUCUCUUCCACUCAUCCCUCUCUCCUCUCUUCCUCAGGGUAACAUGUUGCAGGUCAGUCCUCACUUCCUAGAGCAGACCUCGGGGUACGUUGUGUGUGUGUGUGUGUGUGUGUGUGUAAAAUGUAUCUUCAGAGGAAGCAUACAGCAUUAUAUCUCAAGGCCAUCAGACUGUUAAAUAGCCAUCACUAGCCGGCUACCACCCGGCUACUCAACCCUGCACCUUAGAGGCUGCUGCCCUAUAUACAUAGACAUAGAAUCCCUGGCCACUUUAAUAAUGGAACACUAGACACUUUAAUAAUGUUUACAUACUGCUUUACUCAUCUCAUAUGUAUAUACUGUAUUUUAUUCUACUGUAUUUUAGUUAAUGCCAUUCCGACAUUGCUCUUCCUAAUAUUUAUAUAUUUAUUUAUUCCAUUAUUUUACUUUUAGAUUUGUGUAUUGUUAGAUACUACUGCACUGUUGGAGCUAGGACACAAGCAUUUCGCUACACCCGCAAUAACAUCUGCUAAAUAUGUGUAUGUGACCAAUACAAUUUGAUUUGAUCUGAAGCGGAAAGUAUUCAGACCCCUUGACAUUUUCCACAUUUUGUUACUUUACAGACUUAUUCUAAAAUUGAUUAAAUAGUUUUUUUCCCUCAAUCUAUACACAAUACCCCAUAAUGACAAUAAAACCCUUAAAUAACACAUUUACAUAUCACAUUUACAUAUUCAGACCCUUUACUCAGUACUUUGUUGAAGCACCUUUGGCAGCGAUUACAGCCUCGAGUCUUCUUGAGUGUGGCGCUACAAGCUUGGCACACCUGUAUUUGGGGAGUUUCUCCCAUUCUUCUCUGCAGAUCCUCUCAAGCUCUGUCAGGUUGGAUGGGUAGCAUCGCUGCACAUCUAUUUUCAGGUCUCUCCAGAGAUGUUCAAUCGAGUUCAAAUCCGGGCUCUGGCUGGGCCACUCAAGUACAUUCAGAGUCUUGUCCCGAAGCCCGAGCACUCUGGAGCAGGUUUUCAUCAAGGAUCUCUCUAUAAUUUGCUCCGUUCAUCUUUCCCUCGAUCCUGACUAAUCUUCCAGUCCCUGCCACUGAAAAACAUCCCAACAGCAUGAUGUUGCCACCACCAUGCUUCAACGUAGGGAUGGUGCAAGGUUUCCUCCAGACGUGACGCUUGGCAUUCAGGCCAAAGAGUUCAAUCUUGGUUUCAUCAGACCAGAUAAUCUUGUUUCUCAUGGUCUGAGAGUCCUUUAGGUGCCUUUUGGCAAACUCCAAGCGGGCUGUCAUGUGCCUUUUACUGAGGAGUGGCUUCCGUCUGGACACUCUACCAUAAAGUCCUGAUUGGUGGAGUGCUGCAGAGAUGGUUGUCCUUCUGGAAAGUUCUCCCAUCUCCACAGAGGAACUCUUGAGCUCUGUCAGAGUGACCGUUGGGGUCUUGGUCACCUCCCUGACCAAGGCCCUUCUCCACCGAUUUCUCAGUUUGGCCGGGCGGCCAGCUCUAGGAAGAGUCUUGGUGGUUCCAAACCUAUUCCAUUUAAGAAUGAUGGAGGCCACUGUGUUCUUGGGGACCUUCAAUGCUGCAGAAAGUUUUUGGUACCCUUCCCCAGAUCUGUGCCUCGACACAACCCUGUCUCGGAGCUCUACGGACAAUUCCUUCGACCUCAUGGCUUGGUUUUUGCUCUGACAUGCACUGUCAACUGUGGGACCUUAUAUAUAGACAGGUGUGUGACUUUCCAAAUCAUGUCCAAUAAAUUGAAUUUACCAAAGGUGGACUCCAAUCAAGUUGUAGAAACAUCUCAAGGAUGAUCAAUGGAAACAGGAUGCACCUGAGCUCAAUUUCGAGUCUCAUAGCAAAGGGUCUGAAUACUUAUGUAAAUAAGGUAUUUCUGUUCUUAAUUUUUAAUACAUUUGCAAAAAUGAAAACUGUUUUCGCUUUGUCAUUAUGGGGUAUUGUGUGUAGAUGAGGAAUUGUUUUUAUUUAAUCCAUUUUAGAAUAAGGCUGUAACGUAACAAUGUGGAAAAAGUCAAGCGGUCUGAAUACUUUCCGAAUGCACUGUUUGUAAUGUAAUCUGUAUGUAGUGUAAUCUGUACAUAUUGUUAUCUACACUGAACAAAAAUAUAAACGCAACAAGUAUCAAGUUAUUGGUCCCAUGUUUCGUGAGUUUAAAUAAAAGAUCCCAGAACUUAUGAACAAAAAGCUUAUUUCUCAAAAACAAUGUGAGCAUUUCUCCUUUGCCAAGAUAAUCCAUCCACCUGACAGGUGUGGCAUAUCAAGAAGCUGAUUAAACAGCAUGAUCAUUACACAGGUGCACCUUGUGCUGAGGACAAUAAAGCCCACUCCAAAAUGGGCAGUUUUGUCAAACAACAUAAUGCCACAGAUGUCUCAAGUUUUGAGGGAGCGCGCAAUUGAAUGUCCAUCAGAGCUGUUACCAGAGAAUUGAAUGUUCAUUUUUCUAUCAUAAGCCGCCUUCAACGUUGUUUUAGAGAAUUUGGCAGUACAUCCAACCGGCCACACAACCGCAGACCACGUGUAACCAUGCCAGCCCAGGUCCUCCACAUCCGGCUUCUUCACCUGCGGAAUCGUCUGAGACCAGCCACCCGGACAGCUGAUGAAAUUGUGGGUUUGCACAACCAAAGAAUUUCUCCACAAACUGUCAGAAACCGUCUCAUGGAAGCUCAUCUGCAUGCUCGUCGUCCUCACCAGGGUCUUGACCUGACUGCAGUUCGGCGUCGUAACCAACUUCAGUGGGCAAAUGCUUGCCUUCGAUGGCCACUGGCAUGCUGGAGAAGGGUGCUCUUCACGGAUUAAUCUCGGUUUUGACUGUAACGGGCAGAUGGCAGACAUGGUGGCGGUGGGGUUAUGGUAUGGGCAGGCAUAAGCUACGGACAAUGAACACAAUUUGAAUGCUUAGAGAUAUCGUGACGAGAUCCCGAGGCCCAUUGUCAUGCCAUUCAUCCACCGCCAUCACCUCAUGCUUCAGCAUGAUAUUGCACGGUCCAAUGUCGCAAGGAUCUGUACACAAUUCCUGGAAGCUGAAAAUGUCCCAGUUCUUCCAUGGCCUGCAUACUACCAGAUAUGUCACACAUCGAGCAUGUUUGGGAUGCUCUGGAUCGAUGCGUAUUCCAGUUCCUGCCAUAUCCAGCAACUUUGCACAGCCAUUGAAGAGGAGUGGUACAACAUUCCACAGACCACAAUCAACAGCCUGAUCAACUUUAUGCGAAGGAGAUGUAUCGCACUGCAUGAGGCCAAUGGUGGUCACACCAGAUACUGACAGGUUUUCUGAUCCACGCCCCUACUUUUAUUUUUUUAAGGUAUCUUGACCAACAAAUCCAUAAAUAAAGGUUAAAUAAAAACAUAUAUUAAUAAUAAUGUUAUCUAUAUUUCAGAGGAUACGUACUGCUCAUGAGUGGGCCAAAGAGCUCUAUUCGUCUGGUGAGUUCUCCUCGGGGAGGAAAUGGGCUGAUGAUGCUCCCAAGGAGAAGGUGGACACGUCAGCUGUCAACCUGAUCACCUCGGGGGACUGGAGGACGAGAUGUAUGGUAAGUGCGUGUUUGUCGGUAAGGGUGUGUGUGUCAGUGUUUGUGUUUGGCGGGUGUCUCUGUGUGUGUUGUUUUUUUGUUUCUGUAAAGACUGUGGAGGCUCAGAGAGGGAGAGAGAGUGCGUUUGUGUGCGUGUGUGUAUAAAUUAUAAUGUGCCUGUGUGUGUUUUAUCUGUAGAGGUGUGUAUUGCUGCUGUGGAUGCACUCUGCUCUCGCCCAAUCAUCUGCCAGCUUUGCUGAGAAGUGCCUGGACUUCCUGGUUGACAUGUUUAAUGAUGAGAUUGAGGAAGUCAGGCUGCAGUCCAUCCAUGUUCUGAGACAGAUCUCUACUAACAUCACCCUGAGAGAAGACCAGCUGGAUACUGUACUGGCUGUACUAGAGGUAACACACACCAACACACAGAGACAUAUACACACACACACAUACGCAGACGCCAGUGGAGGCUGCUGAGGGGAGGACGGCUCAUAAUGGCUGGAAUGGAGGCAAUGGAAUGGUAUCAAACAUGUGGUUUCCACACUUACAAGGUGAAAGUAGAACAUUUCUAAAUGUUAGAAUAUAUAUGCUUUUUUGAAUGAAUAAAAAUAAACAACUGAAAUGUGUAACCUGUGUAGGACUCGUCUCGUGACAUCAGAGAGGCGCUACAUGAGUUGCUGUGUUUCACCAAUGUGUCGACAAAAGAGUGUAUCCAACUGGCUCUGCUGGAGCUGCUGAAAAACCUCACUAAGUACCCCACCGACCGCAACUCUGUCUGGAAGUAAGCCUGUGUGUGUCACCUUGCAAGUGAUUCAAUAAAAAGCUUUUAAAAGUCAACACUCUCUUUCUGUCUAUUUCUCUUCAUCGCUGUCUUUUUCUUCAUCUCUCUCCCUCUCAUUCUCUCUCUAGGUGUCUAAAGUUUCUAGGUUGUCGUCAUCCUACCCAGCUGCUCAGUACUCACCCCUACUUCCACACCCCUGAACCAGACAUGGAUGACCCUGCCUGUAUCCUACACACACGCACACACACACAGCUAUACCUACCUUUGUGUUGUGUGUUCCUGACCUAGCGUAACAGAUUGUUGUUGGUGCUGGUAUUCAAUGCAGCUCAGUCUUGUCCCACCAUGACAGCUCUGUUCUCAGACCACACCUUUAGACACUACACCUACCUACGAGACAGCCUCUCUCUCCUAGUACCUCCUCUCAGGGUAAGACACACACACACACACCCCUUUCAGACACUAGACCCACCAAUCUAUGUCGAGACCCCUGUGUUAUAAUCUGUGUUAUGAUUGUGUGUGUAGUUACCAGGGAGGAAGCAGGCCCCAGGUGUGAGUGGUAUAGAAGGAUCCAGCAGUGUGGAGUCUGCUCAGCUGUUCCUCCAACAGAGUGAGCAGAGUUAGCACCAUACACAACCUACAGGACCCCGGGGCUCAGGAACUGCUCAUCUUUACUAUCAGGUACUUACACGCACAUCCACACACACAUACUAUCAAAACAUUUCAAACUAUUUUUGAAGCGACUAUUUUGUGUGUGUAUGUCCUCCUCAGAGACCUACAGAGACUGGGGAAGCUACAGACAGAGCUGGCAGGGGCUGCUGACUUCUCUGCCACCUACCUCCGCUGCCAACUACUGCUCACCAAGGUGUGUCUGGAUCUGGAUAGACAGGUGUCUUUCUGCAUUACAUUUGACCAGAAUGCCCAAAUCAUAUUGCCUCUCCUCAUCUCCUUGUCUCCUCUCCUUGUGUCCUUCCCACAGGCCUUGCAGGAGAAGUUGUGGACCAUGGCCGUCCCCCUCUGCCUUAAAUACAACGCCAUGGCAACUGCUGCUGCCAAACAGGUACACGCACAAACUAAAGUGCUUUUUUUGUUGUUGUAUUUUUCACUUUAUUUAGACAGAUUUUAAAUGGGAGGGAUACAGGCAGAUGGGAGAUACAGUUUGAAGGAUAGAUUGAACCCCGGUCUCCGGUGGGAAGAGGAGCAUAUACACUGAGUGUACAAAACAUUAGGAACACCUUCUUAAUAUUGAGUUGCACCCCCUUUUGCUCUCAGAACAGCCUCAAUUCGUCGGGGCAUGGACUCUACAAGGUGUCAAAAGCGUUCCACAGGGAUGCUGGCCCAGGUUGACUCCAAUGCUUCCCACAGUUGUCAAGUUCGCUGGAUGUCCAUUGGGUGAUGAACCAUUCUUGAUACACACAGGAAACUGUUGGGCGUGAAAAACCCAGCAGCGUUGCAGUUCUUGACACACUCAAACCGGUUCGACUGGCACCUACUACCAUGCCCCAUUCAAAGGCACUUAAAUCUUUUGUCUUGCCCAUUCACCCUCUGAAUGGCACACAUGCACAAUCCAAUUGUCUCAAGGCUUAAAAAUAUUUCUUUAACCUGUCUCCUCCCCUUCAUCUACACCGAUUUGAAGUGGAUUUAACAAGUGACAUCAAUAAGGGCCACCUGGUCAGUCUGUCAUGAAAAGAGCAAGUGUUCCUAAUGUUUUGUGCACUCAGUGUAUAUGUGUCUUCAGCCGGUGGCGUUACCCCUAGACAGUAAUGUGAUGUGCAGAGCUGUGUGUAUAUAAUGUUAUGUUUUGUGUGUGUGUGUGUUUGUAGAUGCUGGAGGAGACGUAUAAACUGGAGUUCCUAUAUAGUGGUCUGGAGAACAGACAGGUGGCCACCAUACACCAUGUCAGACUACAGGCUAAGACCUUACAGCUAGUCCUGACUGCCCGCCCACCAGGCGAGGGUUAGUACACACACAAACACCCCCACCGUCCAUGUCUAUAACUGUCAAGCAGCUCAACCCCUCUCAUCUCUCUGCAGAGUUGAACCUCUCAUCAGUGUCUGUGAGAAAUUCCUUCAGGAGGAAGGAAAAAUACAGACUAUUUCUCCUAUAGGAGAAGAACAGAAACUGAUGCAUUUGUUAUGAAUUGGGGAACUGAAUUGUUGAUUUAAUUUAUAGCCACAAGGUGGCAACAUUGACCUUGCAGAAAGUACACCCUUUUAUUUUGGUAUUCUGAUUAAUCCUCACCUCUAUGCCUCCAGGCUGUUUGUGGUGGAGCUGGCCCACCUCCAGGAAAGUUUUGUGGGGAAGCUGUUGGAGAACUGGUCAAGAUCCUUCAGACCACAUUGAGACAGUGGCUUCUUAAACCUUCAACUACCUAAACAGGUACACAGAACACACACACACACACACACACGUAUUUGACCCAGGUGUGGUUUGUAUUGGCUGGCAGGUCCAGCAUGCGUCGGCGACCAUCAUCGAGCCAACAGGAGAGUCUGACAACCCGCUGCGUUUCACCUCUGGCCUGGUGGUGGCGCUAGACAUUGACGCUACGCUGGAGCACGUACAAGACCCCACAACACUGUCAAAGUACAGGAACAUACCCUGUUAUAGAAGGUCUCUGGUACACACACCCCUUGGCUGCGUUCCGAUUCUCCAACCUUCUCCCAAAGUGUGCACUCAUACUCACCCUCAUGGAUUUAAAAGGAAUUAACUGGAAUAUAGUGGAAACUCCCUCCAGCCAUGUUUGCACCAAUCCAAUGUAAAUGCAUAAGGUAGAUACACGUGCACAUUUCUGGGUGAAGGGUAGAGAAUCAGAAUGCAGCCUUAGUCCAGGACCCUAGCGGUAUAUAAGCUGUACCCUCUCCUCUCUCCUGCUGAUGGAUGAAGUGUUGGUCCCAGUUGUAAUAGUUCGUUUAGUCUUUUACACACACACACACACACACAUAUUUUGUCUCUCUCCAGGUGCUGUAUCCAGACGGCCAGUCUCAUGUGAUUCAGCCUAAACCUGGAGACUUCAGGAGUCCUGGACCACACCGCCACCGCCUCAUCACACAGGUCUACUUGUCUCACUGCGCAUGGACUGGUGAGGACACACACACUACCUGUCUCACAGCACAUGGACUAGUGGGGGCACACCCACACACAUUCUACCUGUCUCACUCCACAUGGAACGGUAAGGACACAAACUCACCCCCGGCCCCAUUCUCUCUGUCUCUCUCUCAGAGGCGUGUCAGAUCGAGGUGAGGCUGCUGCUGGCAUACAGCUCAUCUCGUCUCUGUAAAACGGCGUGGAGCGACAGCAGCACUGAAGGCCUCCAGCCAGCAGAGGGUGCCACUGAGGGAACCAUUCCCUUCGGCAAACCUGUCAAGGUCUUCAUCAUGCCCAAACCUGCCCGUCGCUGACACCAAACACACCUCUUUAAACAUCCAUCUCUCUUUCUCUCUCCUCUUCCUCUUUUCUAUCUUGUCUGUUGUCUUCUCCCACCCCUGACCUGCUACUCCUCAGCAUUGGAGCAGACCUCAAAGCUGGCCCUUCCUUACUGCAUUAAUUUUUACUAAACAAUAUGUUUAUAUUGUUAGUGUGUGACUGGCUGACUGUCCUUUAUGGUCGACUAGAAUGAGGAUGCGUCCCAAAUAGCUCCCUAUUCCCUAUAUAGUGCAUUACUUUUGAUCACUGUAAAGG